AUGUUUCGAUUCUUAUUCCGAAACCCCAAAGCAGCAGAAGACUGGCACGCCCAUCUUCGUCGAAACCCCAACCGUCAAAAGAUGCUAAAAUGUCUUCUCUCAGACAUAUCAUUUAGCGAUAAACGCACGAUCCUGAAUGUGUUCUUACAAGCAUGCGUCGAAAAUAGGCAAAAAUGGAAACUCCCGCAAGAUCCCAAAAAGCUAGCAUACAAAAAACAGUCCAAACUUCUAUGGCUCGAGUCUAAACUCGACGAAGCCGGCCACAUCAAAAUGGCCCAAUUCAUCCGCUUCGCACUCUAUAACGAGGAAGAUAACGAAAGCGAUAUGGACUGGUGUUCACGGAUUAUCAGAGCAGAUGUCAAGGCCCGAUGGCUCGUCCAAAGGGAGGCUUAUCUCAUCGAAGAGGUUCAGGCACUGCACAAGUCACUAUCCCUUCUUCCUCUUAACGCCGAUGAAGCUGUUUGUGCUGCCGCUGCUACCCAAGCGGAAUUCAAACUCAAGAUGUACGAAAAAGAACUCCGACUCCUAGACAACGCCUACGGGCCCACAAGAAACACAUCUGGCUCCUUGAAGCCGGUAUCCCUGUAUCAGCAGCUGGACGAGCCUAUGAAGCGCGCUGGAAGAACAUCCCAGAUUGGUAUCUAUCCGAAUGGCUGCGCCGCGACUGUGUUGGCCGUGGGGGGUGCUGUGGACGGGGUUGCGGGUGCUGUGAAAAGGCGCGAAGCCAUAAGGACCGGGAAUGGAAGUAUGGUCAUUGUACGGGUGCCUGUGGGUGCUGUAUGCGUACAAAGGGAUUUAGGAAAAUGGUGA